AUGGAGAUGGACGAUUUUGAAAAAUUAGAAAAAGUUGGAGAAGGAACAUACGGCGUAGUUUAUAGGGCUAAAGACAAAAAAACCGGAAGAAUCGUAGCUCUCAAGCAAGUGCGUCUAGAUUUACCCGUUGGUGACCAAGAAGGGAUUCCACCUACUUCGCUUCGAGAAAUUUCAUUGCUUAAAGAAUGCUCAAAAAAUGAAAAUAUUGUAAAACUCCUUGAUAUCAUAAAUCAAGAGAAGAAAUUGUUUCUUGUUUUUGAGUUUCUUACAAUGGAUUUGAAAAGAUAUAUUCAUGGAUUUAAAGAGGGACUAGCAUCAAGUAAAAUUCAGAAACUCAUGUACCAACUUCUUGACGGAACUACAUUUUUACAUAGACGGCGAAUUUUUCACAGAGAUUUAAAACCACAAAAUCUAUUAAUUGAUAAAGAUGAAAAUCUUAAAUUAGCUGAUUUUGGAUUAGCGAGAGCCGUUGGCAUUCCUCUGAAGCCUUACACACAUGGGGUAAUCACUCUAUGGUAUAAAGCCCCUGAACUUAUGCUUGGUAGCCCAACAUAUACUUUUGCCGUUGACAUUUGGAGUAUCGGGUGUAUCUUUGCUGAAAUUGUUAAUAGAGAAGUUUUGUUCAAGGGUGAAAGCGAAAUUGAUGAACUUUUCUUGAUUUUCCAGGCUCUCGGAACUCCGGAUGAGAGCGUUUGGCCUGGUAUAUCGCAAUUUAGAGACUACACGCCAGUCUUCCCAAAAUGGAAACCAAAGCCUCUUAUUAAAUACGUUCCCACUUUGAAUUCUCUUGGUAUCGAUCUGCUUAGU